ACGAACAUGAGGAGUGAUGACGAGAACAAAGAGCGCCAAUUCGUCAUCAUUUUUCGUUGGUCUUCUUGGGAGGGGUCGUUACUUCUUCUACGAGAAAACUUUGUGAAAUUCUCCACCGCUUUCAAAGCAAGAAGUCAUAAAAACAUUUAUCCACAAUGCGUGAGUGUAUCUCAGUUCACGUUGGACAGGCAGGAGUGCAGAUUGGUAAUGCUUGUUGGGAAUUGUACUGCUUGGAGCAUGGAAUCCAGCCUGAUGGCCAAAUGCCGAGCGACAAGACCAUUGGAGGCGGCGAUGAUUCUUUCAAUACUUUCUUCAGCGAAACUGGAGCUGGAAAGCACGUUCCUCGCGCUGUCUUCGUCGAUUUGGAACCAACGGUAGUCGAUGAAGUCCGCACUGGUACAUACCGCCAGUUAUUCCAUCCUGAGCAGCUAAUCACUGGCAAGGAAGAUGCUGCCAACAACUAUGCACGUGGCCAUUACACCAUUGGCAAGGAAAUUAUUGACCUUGUCCUUGACAGGAUUCGCAAACUGGCAGAUCAGUGCACUGGCUUGCAAGGUUUCCUCAUUUUCCAUUCCUUUGGAGGUGGCACUGGCUCUGGGUUCACGUCACUGCUUAUGGAACGGCUGUCAGUUGACUAUGGCAAGAAGUCCAAGCUUGAAUUUGCUAUCUACCCUGCCCCACAGAUCGCAACAGCUGUUGUGGAGCCUUACAACUCCAUUCUUACCACCCAUACCACACUUGAGCAUUCUGACUGUGCUUUCAUGGUGGACAACGAGGCCAUAUAUGACAUCUGCCGCCGGAACUUGGACAUUGAGAGGCCCACUUAUACCAAUCUGAACCGACUAAUUGGACAGAUUGUGUCCUCAAUCACGGCUUCUCUACGAUUCGACGGUGCUCUAAAUGUUGACUUGACAGAAUUCCAGACCAACUUAGUGCCCUAUCCACGAAUUCACUUCCCUCUGGCGACAUACGCACCUGUCAUCUCUGCCGAAAAGGCCUACCAUGAACAACUCAGUGUGGCUGAGAUAACCAAUGCCUGCUUUGAACCAGCCAAUCAGAUGGUGAAGUGCGACCCUCGUCAUGGCAAGUACAUGGCUUGCUGUCUGUUGUACAGGGGUGAUGUUGUUCCUAAAGAUGUUAACGCUGCCAUUGCCACCAUCAAGACCAAGAGGACCAUUCAGUUUGUUGAUUGGUGCCCGACUGGAUUUAAGGUCGGCAUCAAUUAUCAGCCACCCACAGUUGUACCAGGUGGUGACCUUGCUAAGGUGCAACGUGCAGUUUGUAUGUUGAGUAACACCACAGCUAUUGCAGAGGCCUGGGCUCGUUUGGAUCACAAGUUUGAUCUGAUGUAUGCUAAGCGCGCAUUUGUCCAUUGGUAUGUGGGCGAAGGAAUGGAAGAAGGAGAGUUCUCUGAGGCCCGUGAAGAUCUGGCUGCCUUGGAGAAAGACUAUGAAGAAGUGGGCGUGGAUUCUGUGGAUGCCGAAGGCGAAGAGGAAGGAGAAGAGUACUAAACUGGCCUGACGUUCUAUUUUUGAUUUUUUUUUUAUACUUGGCUUGACACUUGAAUAAAACUUUGACUUUGUAGUUUCA